AACACCUACACCUCGAUGCCAGCACAGCCACGCUGCUCUGGGAGCAUGGAUUUCAGAGAACUGCGCUUCGCCCGUGCCAUGGAAUUUACCAUCCAUGAGAUCAACAACAGUACAGAUCUCCUGCCGGGCAUCACGUUAGGUUACCAGAUAUACGACUCGUGCUCUGCAGUGCAGAUGGCAAUCAAAGUUGCAUUUCAGUUUGUUAAUGGCGUGGACCCCGUUUUCAAUAGCACCAGUUCCUGUUCAAAAUAUGCAGCUGCUACUGUUCCUGCAAUAGUAGGAGAUUCUUCUUCCACCUCGUCAAUUAGUAUGGCGAGAACUCUCGGUCUUUUUGGAAUUCCACAGGUGAGUCACUACGCAACCUGCACGUGCCUGAGCGAUAAGAGUCAGUUUCCUGCCUUCUUUCGGACGGUACCUAGUGACGAACACCAAGCGGCCGCACUGGCGAGAAUGGUGAAGUAUUUCGGCUGGACAUGGAUUGGGGCAGUGCGCAGCGACACGGACUACGGAAACUACGGAAUGGCAAAGUUUCUAAAGGCUGCUCAGGAGGAGGGGAUCUGUGUGGAGUACUCCGAGGUCUACUACAGGACACAACCGCGCAGUAAACUGGAGAGAGUGGCAAAUGUCAUCCGCAGAUCCACGGCUCGCGUGAUAGUAGCGUUUGUUCAUGCAGGAGACAUGAGGUUUAUCUUGGAAGAACUGGUCCAGCAGCCAUCCCCUCUGCUUCAGUGGAUUGGCAGCGACACAUGGAUCAUAGAUCCAGAAUUUCUACGAUUUAAUAUAUGCGCUGGUGCGUUAGGUUUUGGAGUCCCACGGUCAGUUUUUCCAGGUCUUCGUGAGUUUCUUCUAGACCUCUCUCCAGAACAAGCCUCGGAAUCAUCCAUAUUAACCGAAUUUUGGGAGAGCUCGUUCAGUUGUAGCCUAAAAGGGCGGACAGGCUCCUCAGCGCUCUUGCGGGAAUGUGACGGUAGUGAGGACAUCCGCGCGCUACAGAACCCAUACACAGACACGUCUCAGCUGCGCGUUACUAACAUGGUGUAUAAAGCUACAUAUGCCAUAGCACAUGCUAUGCAUGGUGUUAUUUGUUCUGACAGACAAUGCAACAAAACCAUUAAAUUCGCACCCUGGCAGAUUGUAAACCAGCUCAAGAAAGUGAGCUUCACUACAAACAAUGGUUAUCAUGUCAAAUUUGAUUCAAAUGGAGAUCCCAUAGCUGUCUAUGAGCUCAUAAACUGGCAGUUUAAAAAUGAUGGUCAUUUAAAUAUGGUGCCAGUUGGCUACUAUGACUCAUCCAAAGCCAGAGGACAGGAGUUCAGAAUGAACAGUGCUAUCAGUUGGAUGGGAGGACAGACAGAGGUACCAGUGUCUGUGUGCAGUGAGAGCUGCCCCCCAGGCACCAGGAAGGCUGUGCAGAAGGGAAGGCCUGUCUGCUGCUUUGACUGUAUACCAUGUGCAGAGGGAGAGAUCAGUAACAAGACAGAUUCUGUGGAUUGUCUGCGCUGCCCUCUGGAUUUCUGGCCAAACAACAAACAAGACAGCUGCCACCCCAAGUCCGUUGAGUUCCUGUCCUGGGAUGACACUUUGGGCAUUAUCCUGAUAGUAUCCUCCAUUGCUGGGGCCUUCAUGGCUGUAUGUGUUACUGUAGUCUUCUAUAAACACAGGGCGUCUCCCAUCAUCCGAGCCAACAACUCAGAGCUGAGCUUCCUGCUGCUCUUCUCUCUUACUCUGUGUUUCCUCUGUUCACUUACUUUCAUUGGUCAACCUUCUGAGUGGUCCUGUAUGCUGCGUCACACAGCAUUUGGGAUUACCUUCGUCCUCUGCAUCUCCUGUGUUCUGGGAAAAACAAUAGUGGUGUUAAUGGCUUUCAGGGCUACACUUCCAGGCAGUAAUGUCAUGAAAUGGCUUGGGCCUCCACAGCAGAGACUCAGUGUUCUUGUUUUCACUCUCAUACAGGUCCUUAUUUGUGUCAUUUGGUUAAAAUUAUCACCACCUUACCCCUUCAAAAAUCUAAAGCACUACAAAGAACGCAUCAUCUUGGAAUGUGGUUUAGGUUCAGCUAUAGGUUUCUGGGCUGUGCUGGGUUAUAUAGGAUGUUUGGCUUUUCUUUGUUUUCUUUUAGCUUUUCUAGCACGGAAGCUGCCUGAUAACUUUAAUGAAGCCAAAUUUAUCACAUUCAGCAUGCUCAUAUUCUGUGCAGUUUGGAUCACCUUUAUUCCAUCUUAUGUCAGCUCUCCUGGAAAAUUCACUGUAGCUGUGGAGGUAUUUGCUAUUCUGGCCUCAAGCUUUGGUUUGAUUAUUUGUAUUUUUGCUCCCAAGUGUUUCAUAAUCAUUUUUAGGCCAGAGCAGAAUACCAAGAAACACAUUAUGGGCAAAGUUCAAUCUAAAGGUCUUUGA